AUGUCAUUUAUCACAGCUUUCGGAGAUCGGGUGUUUGUGGCUUCUGGUGAUUUAAUCCGUACUUUCCGUAUUGGAGACGAUGAAGGGAUGACUCCGCUCAUCAGCUGGUCGGAACUCAAUCCAGAACGCAUUCAGAAGCCGAGUUUCGAAGCUGAGAAAGAUUUGAAAGCUGUUGAUAAGCGAGUGAUUCUUUGCUUGGCACAUUCUAACAUGAUUGCUGCUCAUGGCCGUCGUCUCGUUGCCGUUGGAACGAACGAGAAGCAAAUUCACGUCUUUGAGUACUUCAUUGACAAUAAUUACAAAAUUGUGAAAGCGGAGCACAUCGUCACAUCUGUUGUUCCAAAAGCUCCAACAGCUAUCGUAUUCGACAGAGAAGACGCUUACGUUGUGGUCGGCGAUCGCUCCGGAGAUGUUCAUCGUUUUUCAGUUCUGAACGGAAGUGCUAUUGAGAUGGCUGGAGCUAUUUCUAUGAUUCUCGACGUGGCAUUCAGUCCUGAUGGAAAGCGACUCUUAAUGGCUGAUCGAGACGAGAAAGUGAGAGCAAUGCGUUAUCCAUCGACCUACGUCAUCGAUGCGUAUUGCCUUGGACACACCGAAUACGUUAAGACUCUGGCUAUUCAAGACAAUGAUACAGUUUGGAGCUCUGGCGGGGAUAAGAACUUGCACAUGUGGAGUAUUACGAACUGCUCGAAACCUCGCCGCACUAUUGAUCUAUCAGAAUGGGAUGCACCGGUUAGGAAAAUUUCAAUAAAUGUGGCACACAAGAAGAUUGCCGUUCUCUUUGAGAAGAAAGAUAAAAUGAUCGUAGUUGAUUUGGAAACUGAUCCAGCUGCUACACAAUCUGUGACCAUUCUCAAUGAAUCCGAAUGCCUUGAUGUCACUUCCACUGGACACUAUUUCAUUGUUUUGGGAAGAUCUACCAUCACUGUCAUCAACUUGCUCACAAUGCUACAAGCUACGUUCCCUAUCGAUGACGAACUAAACGCCGUCUUGAGUGCCACCAAAGACGCUGUCGACAACCUAUUCAAGAAUGUGACUCAUAACAACCAAUUAGAGUAUGAGAAGAGGAAGGCAGAGAAGUUCGAGCAAAUCGAACAAAAGCGCAGAAGACUGAACAACCAGGAGCCAUCGACAUCUUGA